AUGGCCAAGGACGCUGACUACAAAUUGCUGGGUUGGGUGGCGGAGGACAGCGAGUCAGCCCUGGGUAAAUUAUCAUGGAAGGAAUACGAGCCCAAGGCCUGGGAAGAAAGCGACGUGGAUGUCAAGAUUAGUCAUUCUGGUGUUUGCGGCUCAGACAUCCACACUCUACGUGACGACUGGGGCGGAACGAUUUUCCCAUGUGUAGUUGGCCAUGAGAUUGUCGGCACCGUGGUCCGUGUCGGGUCCCAAGCUGGUGAUUUCAAGAUUGGCGAGACUGUUGGAAUCGGCGCCCAGUCCGACUCGUGCCGCUCGCGAGACGGUCCUUGCAAGGCCUGCGAGACGGACGAAGAGAACUACUGCAGGCAGCGCAUCAACACCUACGAUAGCAUUCAUCGCAACGGAUCCAUUGCGCAAGGGGGAUUCGGUCUCUACGCCCGUGCCCCGGCACACUUCGUCAUCAGGAUCCCUCCCGGCGUCGAUCCCGCCCACGCUGCCCCUAUGUUGUGUGGCGGUGUGACCGUGUAUUCACCCUUCAAACACCAUGGUGUUGGGCCCGGUUCUCGUGUAGGCAUCAUCGGCAUAGGGGGUCUGGGCCACUUUGCCAUCAUGUUCGCAAAGGCCAUGGGCGCAAGCAAGAUUGUCGCUAUCUCUCGAAGGCUAGACAAAAAGAAAGAUGCGCUUGCACUAGGUGCAGACGAAUACAUUGCUUCUGCAGAGGAUGAGGGCUGGGAGGCCAAGCAUUCGCGGAGCCUCGACGUUGUACUUUCGACAAUUUCAUCCAAGGUCUGCUCCCCAGUCCCGAUGGGAGGCUAUUUAGGUCUUCUGGACGUUGGCGGUACUUUUGUCCAGCUGGGCCUGCCAGAAGAAGGGCUGCAUCUUAUGGCAUCCUCACUUACCAAGACACGCGCUCGCUUGGCAGGCUCUAUCAUUGGCAGCCCUUCGGAAAUAAGAGAAAUGCUACAGCUUGCUGCGGAUAAGGAAAUUAAGCCAUGGGUCGAGCUACGACCCAUGGAGGAGGCUAACCAGGCUAUUCUGGACAUGGCAGAUGGGUUGCCUCGCUAUCGCUACGUACUAACAACCUCGGGUAGUUCAUAA